AUGGCAGAUAAGGUUGUGAACGCAGAGACGAGUGCCCUCAAAUCCAAGGCUAAAUCCGAGAUGAUAGAGAACGUGGAAGUGAUGAACCAGCAAGAUGAAGCAGAAGAGGAUGAAGCCAAACCCGGGCUGGGCUCUAAAACCAAGCCUUGGGGCGUAAUUCCGGCGAAGAAGAAGCUGGUGAAGCAGAUGGUGGCCGAGCGCAUAGGCCAAUCCAUUGCGUCCCCAUUCAACAAAAACAAGAACAAGCAAAAGAUCAAUCCUGGUACUGACGGCUCUACUGCCGGGUCUACCAAUAUGUAG